GAAGCUCUAAUUAUCGAAAAGACAACACCACUCUCCGAAAAUGCCGUUGUUACGACCCUCAAUUGCAGGUCGAUUACUGAGAGCAGGAGUUCCGGAAGCUCGACGAGUUGUCCCUGGAACCGUACGAUAUGACAGCCACACAGCAUUAGGAACGCCCCUCACAACCUCCGAAGCUUCAGCAGCAGCAGUGGUCGAAGCAGGAGAAUCGAAAGGCGUGCAGCCAAGACAUAAUCAACCUGAUUAUGCUGCCGAAGUCGAUCAGGCUUCAUCGACCUUCUCGCCCAUUCCAAAACGAGUCAUGAAUGGCAGCGAAGAUGGAGAUGUCUUGCCUGCUGCUGUACUUUCCGGUGCACCAAUUGAGCUCGAAGCAAGGACUGUCAGAAUCUACCGUCCAGCUAAGACAGCAACACAGUCCGGAGAUUGGCAUGGUCAUCACUGGCGUAUGGAUUGGGAUAUAUUGUCCAAGGGACACCGAUGGGAAAAUCCUUUGAUGGGUUGGCAGUCGUCUGCGGAUUUCAUGCAAGGCACACAUCUGAACUUCAAGUCAAAAGAGGAUGCAAUCAAGUUUGCGGAGAAGCAAGGAUACGAGUACUUUGUGCAAGAGCCAAACUCGCGAAAAAUUAUCCCGAAGGCGUAUGCCAACAACUUUCUAUACACCGACAAGAAGUUGAAGCACAUUCGAACGAAGUAAGGUGGUCUGCGUUAGCAUUGUACAUAGGCUGGGUAGAGACGAUCAUAUAAGAGAUCAUUGAAGUGCAUGAUAUUGUUUUAUCACAAGGCUUAUUGGAGCUUUCGAGAGAUACAUCCCAGUCAACCUCUUUUCCUGCGGCUUCUGUUUCCACAACUUGACAUUCGGCACUUGAAAACCUGCAUGUCCCCCCUGAAAC